ACAAGGCCAUCAUUUUUCUCCUUGCGGCGUUUUAUUAACUUCGAUUUGGGUCUCUCAGGUUUCAAGAAGACAGCCUGCAAACUAACCAUUUCUCUGAAAACUUCAAUGAUCUUUGACUCGAUAUCAAUACUUCCAUUAGACAUUUGGAGAGGAAGGGGACGACGGCGAGCUUGCGGUGGCGCUCGUUGGCCGUGGGUAGCGGAGUUGGUUGGAGGGGAUGGUGUGGCAGAGGCACACAGCCUUGGGGCGGCCGCACCCAGCGGUUCACGUGAUCCGCCGGCAGCGGGUUCCUCAGGCGAGUCCAUUGGGCUUGAAGUUCUGGUCUUGAAGAAAUCAAAUGCUCAGAAAAAUGGCGACUUCGAAUUUGGAGACGCCUGCUUCGUCUUUGUCAUCAGCUCGUUUCAAUCACACCCCUUAUUACUGAUUCCAUUGUGGCAUCAGAAGGCAAGCCAUAGAGCAGAUGGAGUAAUUCUCUGGGAUUAUCAUGUUAUAUGCGUACAGAAAAGGAAAGAUAGCAACUUGCCUCAUCUAGUGUGGGAUUUAGACUCAAGUCUUCCUUUUCCAUCUCCCCUAACAACUUACGUAGCUGAAACUGUUCGGCCUUCGUUUCAGCUUUUUUCUGAGUAUCAGAGGGUUUUCCGGAUUUUGCAUGCGCCGAUAUUCCUGAAAAUGUUUGCAUCUGAUAGACGACACAUGAAGGAUUCUGCAGGAAAUUGGAUUCACCCACCACCAUCAUAUGAUGUAAUCGUUGCUGAAGAUGGGACUGCUCACAACUUGAACGAGUACAUGGAAAUGUCAUCUGUCGAUGUUGUGAAAAGCAUUAGGGAAGAGACAAUAAGUACAGUUCAGUCGGAAAAACUUGGGGUGCUGGUGAGUGAAACUCAACUAGAGGAAUUCUUUUCUCAGCCUGCAAAAUGUAUACAUCACACAGAAACGUUUAUUUUACUGUGGUGUAUCCGAUCGUCUUCACUGGCGGAAUAUUUGUCUCUGUGGCAACCGGAUUUGCAGCAAGUCAUUGGUGCGGAGCCUGUGUGUGAUAAUGGGCUGAAAGGAUGA